UCCUCCCUCUCCAGGAAGAGCCUGGCCCGACACGGGAAGAUGGCGGCGGCCGGAGGCGGCAGCAGCAGCGGCUGCGGCUCCCAGGCUGCGGAAGGGCCCGAGCUGUAGACCCCGACGCGGGGCCGGCGUGGACUGGCGGGCAGCGAGCGGCGGCGGCGGCGGCGGAGGAUGAGCCUGCUUUGCGCUCAGUAUCUCCGGCAGGCAGAAGUCCUGAAGGCUGACAUGACAGAUUCGAAGCUGGGACCAGCCGAAGCCUGGACAUCUCGACAAGCUUUACAGGACUUAUACCAGAAAAUGUUAGUAACAGAUUUGGAGUAUGCAUUGGAUAAAAAAGUGGAACAGGAUCUGUGGAAUCAUGCCUUUAAGAAUCAGAUCACAACUCUACAGGGUCAAGCAAAAAACCGAGCAAAUCCAAACCGGAGUGAAGUUCAGGCAAACCUCUCUCUCUUUCUAGAAGCAGCUAGUGGCUUCUAUACGCAGCUACUGCAGGAGCUGUGCACAGUAUUUAAUGUGGAUUUGCCCUGCCGUGUGAAGUCCUCUCAGUUGGGAAUUAUCAGCAAUAAACAGACGCACACCAGCGCCAUAGUGAAGCCACAAUCUAGCUCCUGCUCAUAUAUAUGCCAGCACUGCCUUGUCCACCUUGGAGACAUCGCUCGCUACAGAAAUCAGACCAGCCAGGCUGAAUCCUAUUAUAGGCAUGCAGCUCAGCUUGUCCCCUCCAAUGGUCAGCCUUAUAAUCAGCUGGCUAUUUUAGCAUCCUCCAAAGGAGAUCACCUGACCACAAUUUUCUACUAUUGCAGAAGCAUUGCUGUGAAAUUCCCUUUCCCAGCUGCUUCUACUAACCUACAAAAAGCACUUUCUAAAGCACUGGAAAGUCGUGAUGAGGUGAAAAUUCAGUGGGGAAUAUCUGAUUUCAUUAAGGCAUUUAUAAAAUUCCAUGGCCAUGUAUAUCUGAGUAAGAAUUUGGAGAAAUUGAAUCCUCUUCGUGAGAAAUUAGAAGAGCAAUUCAAGAGGUUGCUGUUCCAAAAAACCUUCAAUUCUCAACAGCUUGUCCAUAUUACUGUCAUCAACCUGUUUCAGUUACACCAUUUACGGGAUUUUAGCAAUGAGACUGAACAGCAUAGUUACAGUCAGGAUGAACAGCUAUGCUGGACACAAUUACUGGCACUCUUCAUGUCUUUUCUUGGAAUUUUGUGCAAGUGCCCACUUCAGAAUGAUUACCAAGAAGAAUCUUGCGGUUCUUAUCCCCUUCCUGCACUCAAAGUCUCAAUGGACUGGCUGAAACUUAGACCCAGUGUUUUUCAGGAGACUGUGGUUGAUGAAAGGCAAUAUGUUUGGCCUUGGCUGAUUUCUCUUCUAAACAGUUUUCAGCCUCAUGAAGAAGACCUCUCCUGCCCUAAUGCCACCCCUCUUCCAGAAGAGUUUGAGCUGCAGGGAUUCUUAGCUCUGAGACCCUCAUUUAGGAACUUGGAUUUCUCUAAAGGCCAUCAGGGAAUUACUGGAGACAAAGAAGGACAACAUUACCGUAUAAGGCAACAACGCCUGAUCUUCACAGGAAAAUGGAUCGCUGACAAUCAGCCAAGGUUGAUCCAAUGUGAAAAUGAGGUUGGCAAACUCAUGUUUUUGACGGAGAUCCCAGAACUGUUACUGGAGGAACAUAAUGAAUCCAAACAGAGUCAUGUCCUGCAGGAAGCAUCAGAGCCACAGUUUGUAGAUGGGAGCCCAGGACUUAAGUCCGUGCUAUCUACAAGUCGAAACCUGAGCAGCAGCUCUGAUACAGGAGAUAAGCCAAUGGUGACAUUCAAAGAAAACAUUAAACCACGAGAAAUAAACAGAGAGCAAGGCCGAAACUAUCUGACCAAGGAAAUAGGAAGGGAAAGAAGAGAUUAUAACAAAGGAAUAACAGCCAAUAAAAAUGAUGGAAAGAAGGACAUCAACAACAAAAGGAAGAAUGAGAUUAAGAAAUGUGGCAUGGACAAGAGUCAAGAAACAGGGAAGCAGAAUGUAGCAGUACAGGUAAAAUCCCAGACUGAGUUGAGGAAGACUCCAGUAUCUGAAGUCAGAAAAACACCAGUAACUCAGUCUCCAAAUCAGGCCAGCAACUCCCAGUUCAUCCCCAUCCAUCACCCAGGAGCUUUCCCUCCUCUUCCCAGCCGGCCAGGCUUCCCACCUCCUGCCUACGUUAUUCCUCCUCCUGUGGCUUUCUCUAUGAGCUCAGGAUAUACUUUCCCAGGUGGUGUUUCUGUCCCAGGAACCUUUCUUCAGCCUGCAGCUCAUUCACCUGCAGGAAAUCAGGUGCAAGCUGGGAAGCAAUCCCACAUUCCUUACAGCCAGCAGCGGCCCUCUGGACCAGGCCCAAUGAACCAGGGACCUCAACAGACUCCAUCCCCUUCUCAGCAGCCCCUUGCAUCCAUACCAGCUCAGGCAACAACCCCAUCUGCAAGCCAGCUACAGGUCCAGGCUCUUGCCCAGCAGCAGCAGCAGCAACAGUCCCCAACAAAAGCUGUGCAGGCAUUAGGAAAGAGUCCUCCACACCAUUCUGGAUUCCAGCAGUAUCCCCAGGGAGACUCCUCCAAGCAGCUCUGGAACCCCUCUCAGGUUCAAGGCCCAUUGGGGAAGAUCAUGCCUGUGAAGCAGCCGUACUAUCUUCAGGGCCAGGAUCCCGUGAAACUCUUUGAACACUCCUUGCAGCCUCCCCUUCUGCAACAACAGCAGCCUCUGGAGAAGAAAAUGAAGCCUUUCCCUAUGGAGCCAUAUAACCAGAAUCCCUCAGAGGUCAAGAUGCCAGAAUUUUACUGGGACUCCUAUGGUAUGGCUGAUAACCGUGUUGUGAUGGCACAACAACAAGCCAACCUGGACCGCAGAGGGAAACGUCAGCAAGGAAUCUUCCGCCCAGAGCAGGACCCAAUGCCGAGGAUGGGUUUUGAGGACCCCAAGAGCUCCCCUCUGCUUCCUCCGGACCUGUUAAAGAGUUUGGCUGCCUUGGAGGAGGAGGAAGAGCUGAUUUUCUCUAAUCCUCCUGAUCUUUACCCAGCACUGCUGGGGCCUCUCGCCUCUCUUCCUGGACGAAGCCUCUUUAAAUCACUGUUGGAGAAACCAUCAGAUCUGAUGUCACAGUCACCAUCUUUCCUAUCGCUCACAGGCUUCUCCCUUAAUCAGGAAAGAUAUCCAAACAGCAUGUUCAAUGAAGUUUAUGGGAAAAACCUCAAUGCCAGCACAAAAGCCGAGGUUACACCAUCAGUAGCUCACCAGGAGACUUCACUUUAUUCUCUUUUUGAAGGUACUCCAUGGUCUCCAUCUCUUCCAGCCAGCUCAGAUCAUUCAACACCAGCCAGCCAGUCUCCUCACUCCUCCAACCCAAGCAGCUUGCCAAGCUCUCCUCCAACUCACAACCAUAAUUCGGUUCCAUUUUCCAACUUUGGGCCCAUUGGAACACCAGACAACAGGGAUAGAAGGAUAACAGAUCGGUGGAAGACAGAUAAGCCAGCAAUGGGAGGCUUUGGCCUGGACUAUCUCCCAGCAACAUCAUCCUCUUCAGAGAGUAGCUGGCACCCAACCAGCACCCACAGCGGUCCCUGGUCAGCCCAUGGCCCAUCCAUAGAGGAUUCGUCAGCUGUGCUUAUGGAAAGUCUGAAGUCUAUCUGGUCCAGUUCUAUGAUGCAUCCUGGACCUUCUGCUCUGGAGCAACUGUUGAUGCAGCAGAAGCAAAAGCAGCAACGUGGGCAAGGUGCCAUGAAUCCACCACACUGAGAACAAAAGAGCUGGCAACCUUUGCAAUCGGAAGCUCCAUACAUCAUGGCAUGUUGGGUUUACAGGACUGUCCCACACAGUUCUGUGCGCGUGGCAGCCUCUCUUCUGUUCCUUGAUGUCAGGAGGGUGUAAGUGCUCCACCAACCCACUGAGUAUGCACGAAAAUGAAUGCAGUGCAAUGGAAAACCAACACCAGGAACUCUCCUAUCCCACCAGGGCCUUCUGGAGGGAGAGAGGGACUGCUGUUUAUCUUCACGGUAACCUGAUAUCACCGCCUCUCACCUUCUCCAUCGUGCAUGUGCCCAGCCAUGUGGGAAAAUAAAAAGAUGGGAAAGAAGAGCAGAUGGGAGAAGCCACUGAGAACUUCUCGAUCCUCUUCCUCAGUAUUGGGGAACCUAAUAGGAAUCUAUUACCUAUAGCUUUGCUGACUGAGAAUGUAGUUGAAAUUUAUUCCUCAACGUCUAAAUUUCGAAUUAUUACUGUCUCAGUAGUAAGAUCACACUGAAUUCUUCCAUACACAAAUGUGCUUUGUAGUCAGUGUGUAGCACCCCUCGAGUCACUGGUCCAGCCGGCCAGAGUUGAGUAAGUGGUAAAUUGGCGGGAAGGGCGAGUGUCUGGUCUCCUGGGUUAGGUAAGGCGUUUCACGAAGGAGAAUUUGGUCCCUCCGGCGUCAUUUCCACCUCUUCUUCAAAGGUUGAGUCUGGACGAUUGUGAAUGGGUUAAGGAUUCCAGCAGUACUCAAGUGCAGUGGCAACUGCCAGCCCUCAGUUCAGGGCAGCACACUGCUGCUAUGGGGUUUUUAAGUUAAAUGGUUCAGAUUCCUGUACAUUUUAUGAUAGCGUAGUGACCAGUCUGAUGAAAUGGCAAAGCUGGCCUGUGCAUUCACAGCCUGACUCCUUUAUGUAGGUAGGUAGAAGCUUUCUGUGUCUUUCUUUUUUUUUCUCCCCCUCCCAGCCCCCUUUUCUAGUCUCCCCCCCCCCAACCCUGCUUGGUUGCUUGUAGUUCUGUUCUUCAUAUGCAGCAUCCCACCAAAUUCUAGCAGGAUAACGGGGAGCAAAGGAAUUAGACAGGACAAUAUAGGCAGUCUCCCCUGCCAGUAAGUAUAUGUCCGCAGGUGCACGCACACGUGUAAUCGCAGAGUUCCAGUUUCAGAAUGGAAGUUCAAGGCAACACGAUCCCUAUGAGGGGACCCCUGCAGAGAAGCCGUCAGUCCCACUUGCUCUCCUAUAAGGAUGCAGAAAGGGGGGGAAAGGUUGAACUUGAUAUUUAUUGAGCAGAAGGAAGGCUGCAACUCUUCUUGCAUAGGAAACAAGGACA